AUCAGAACUGCAAGAGUGGCACGAGACAGAAGCAGCAGCAACUCGGGAGGAAUCAGACACCGAAACAACUGCUUCACCGAACAGAAAAGCAUUUCAAGUCUAAUCUUGGGAUCAAAAGAAGCCUUGAAGUCAUGAUUGCUUCACAGUUUCUCUCUGCUCUCACUUUCGCGCUUCUCCUGUUUAAAGAAAGUGAAGCCUGGUCUUACAACGCCUCCACGGAAACCCUGACUUUUGAUGAGGCCAGUGCUUAUUGCCAGCAAAGGUACACACAUCUGGUUGCAAUUCAAAACCAGGAAGAGAUUAAACACCUGAACUCCGCAUUCAGCUAUUCACCAAGUUACUACUGGAUCGGAAUCAGAAAGAUCAACGAUACAUGGACCUGGAUAGGGACCCAGAAGCCUUUGACUGAAGAGGCCGCAAACUGGGCUCCAGGUGAACCAAACAAUAAGCAAAACAAGGAGGACUGUAUAGAGAUCUACAUCAAGAGAGAAACGGACUCGGGCAAGUGGAACGAUGAGAGAUGCAGCAAAAAGAAGCUCGCCUUGUGCUACACAGCUGCCUGUACCCCGACAUCCUGCAGCGGCCACGGUGACUGUACAGAGACCAUCAACAGCUACACUUGUCAGUGCCACCCCGGCUUCAAGGGACUCAAGUGUGAGCAAGUUGUGACCUGUCAGGCACAGGAAGCCCCUGAGCACGGAAGCCUGGUUUGCAACGACCCUUUGGGGAGCUUCAGCUACAGUUCUUCCUGCUCUGUCAGCUGUGGGGAGGGCUAUCUCCCAAGCAGCACGGAGGCGACCCAGUGCACUUCCUCCGGAGAAUGGAGUGUUCCUCUUCCAGCCUGCAAUGUGGCUAAAUGUGAUGCUUUGACAAAUCCUGUCAAUGGAGUUGUGAAAUGCUUCCAAAGCCACGGAAGCUUCCUGUGGAACACCACCUGUGAAUUUGAGUGUAACGAAGGAUAUAAACUCACUGGACCCCAGCACCUGCAGUGUAUCUCCUCUGGGAUUUGGGACAACAAGAAACCAACAUGUAAAGCUGUGACAUGUGAUGCCAUCAGCCAUCCUCAGAAUGGCACUGUGAGCUGUAGCCACUCCCCUGCUGGAGAGUUCACCUAUAAGUCAUCCUGCCACUUCUCCUGUGCGGAAGGCUUCGUGUUGCAGGGGCCAGCCCAGGUUGAAUGCACUACCCAGGGGCAAUGGACACAGCAGGUCCCAGUUUGUGAAGCUGUGAAAUGUGAUGCUGUCCCUCAGCCCAGAAGUGGUUCAGUUAACUGUACCCAUUCCCCCACCGGAGAGUUUACCUACAAGUCCUCCUGUGCCAUCAGCUGUGAGGAAGGCUUUGAAUUACAUGGAUCAGCUCAACUUGAGUGCACAUCUCAGGGACAGUGGACACAGGAGGUCCCCUCCUGCCAAGUGGUACAAUGUUCAAGUUUGGAGGUUCCCGGAAAGAUCGACAUAAACUGCAGUGGGGAGCCUGUGUUUGGCACCAGGUGUACAUUUGCAUGUCCUGAAGGAUGGACGCUCAAAGGCUCUGCGGCUCUGACAUGUGGUGCCACAGGACACUGGUCUGGGAUGAUGCCUACCUGUGAAGCUCCUCCUGAGUCCCAAACUCCCUUGGCAGUUGGACUUUCUGCUGCUGGGAUCUCCCUCAUGACAUUAGCAUCAUUUCUCUUCUGGCUUCUGAAACGCCUUCAGAAGAAAGCAAAAAAAUUUGUUCCUGCCAGCAGCUGCCAAAGCCUUCAAUCAGAUGGAUCCUACCAAACGCUUUCCGAGUUAAUUUAAGCCCAAAGGAAUCAGGAGCACAGGUACAUUAUGGAACUAGAACGAUAACCUGAAGGCGGCAGAGACAGAGAGGUCUGCUUGGGUCUCUGGCCCUUCUCACCUACUACACCCGCUGGCUGCCUUUAUAGCUGGGAUUAUGGUACCUACAAGGACUUCAACGGACUAAAAUCCAGUGGGCAAGUCCAGCCUGCCACCAAAAAGACUCAGUUUUCUCCUUUCCGGUGCUGGCUGCUGGAAGGAAAGAAUAUUCGCUUCCAUGCCAGAGUGAAGAGACUAAGGCUCUGGAAUCUCAGAAUUCCUUUUCUAACUCACCCUUCGCUCACUGUAAAAUCUGGUGGCGCAACACACUAUUUUGAGGUGCUGUUUCUUUCUUUUGUCCCUCACAGUGUUUGAACUGCUGCUUAUGUAGUCGCUGUCAUUGGGAUGAAUAAUACUUGUCAAGAGUUUAGAGGAAACAAAUUGGUCAAAGAUAUUCUAUUCACAGACCUGGAAAAAAAAUGACAAAUUUUUAAUGCCGUGGGGUGACGACAUUGGAAAGGUUGUUAAUGGUGGAAAUUCUGUUUAGCACUCUGUGGGAGUGCAAACACAGUCUUAAUCACUUUUAUCCCUGUGGGAUUCAGUGCUUUUUAAAGUACUUUUAGAGGCUGUGUGUUCUUUUUACUUGCAUUGACUAUAGUAUAAAGUCCAUAAGUCUUAAUACAGUACAAGUGUGGUAGGGACUUUAAAAUAUGUAAAUAUUAGGACUAUAAUAGGGUAAAAGUUGCUUAUUCCAGAUCUUUAUUAACAAAUUCUAAAGUUUCAUCUGUAGUAAAUGUAUUUCAAAAAGGGCAAAUACUGUGCCCUAGCAAUGCAUAAACCAGUAUAAAGUUCUGAAUGUUUGACUACAGUUUCUUUAAAAAACAUGAGUAGUCUCAGGAGAGCAAAAUCUGCAUGGCACACACUUGUACACUGUCAGGUAUUUUUUCAUAGCUAUAUGGUUUCUAUGAUGAAAAACUUCCAUGAGGUUAAAUGUUCUGAUUUGACAAAAGCAUAAAUGCAAACAAACGAAGGUACAGUUUUAUGAAUGUCUUUCUUGGUAAAAAACAUAUAGAUAUAUAAAUGUGUUUUGCAUUCCUACAAAGAUGUUUGUCAGAUGUGAUGUGUCAACAUACAAUUCCUGUAUAUUACUUAAGAUUUUAAAUCCAUGCUAGAAACAUACCAUGUAAUGGAUCUGUCCAGUGGAUUUUUUAAAAGUAAAGAUGUCUAAUAAGUAUUCCCUAAUAAGUAUUCCCUAAUUGUCCCUAAUUGUCUCUCUGUUCGGGUGUUCUUAAAGAGAGGAAAGCCUGAAUGAGCAAGUAUUUGUAUUUAUUGAUAAGAGAGUUCAAAAUUCCUAAGGAAUCCCUAGUUAUUGGUUGAUCACUGGCCAUAAGAGAUACUGGGCCAGUAAUUGCCAAAGCUGCUCCAACCUUGCAGGACAGUAUAAGAAUCAAAACUCUCCCACCCUUUCAUUAACUUAGGAUGUGUUGAGAAAGCAAAAUUUCAGAGAAGUGUUGGCUGCACGCUGGCAAAGACAAAACCAAAAGGAAACAGAGAGAUAUGAUAAGGAUCAGAACAGCAGAGGUUUUUAAGGGGCAAAAGAACUCUGGGAAAUAAAGGAGAGAGAGAAAAAAAAAACAAGUAUUAUGAGCAGGCUACAUAUGGAAUGAAUUAUUGUUUUCUUUGAAAUUGUUCAAAUGUUGUAGAUAUUUGUAUAUACUGCAUUGGAAAUAGCCGUGUGAAAUAUAAAUGUGGUCUGUGUUUGGGUCUUAUAAAAUAUUUAAAAUUACGAUUUAAAAUGUUUUAAG